UAAAACUGUUGGCAGCAGUGUUUGUGGAUGACCUUUCUCGGGCUAAAUAUCUGUAGUUGAAGUUAUGACAUAAUCCAUUCUAGAGAAAAAGGAAGACUUUGCCUCGCGAGCUUAUAGGCUAGCUUCUAGGUCUGAAAGUAAGCUUUUAUUGAACGAUUCAAGUUGUUAGUAAUGCUUAUACCAAAUGAGAUUAAAGGACGUUAUCUGCACAUGCUAAGUAAGGCUACUGAAAGCAAGGAAGUAGGAAAACUGCAAAAAUGUUUCUAAAAGUUAUUUCAAACCGUUUGUCAAUAUGCAUUGCAUCUGAACACCUUUAGAGUCAGCCUAACCUUCUGCCAUCCCAGUGACUCAAGACAACUAAUAGAAUAGGUACAUUUCUCUAUUGGAGGGAAGGCUUAUUACCAUCUUUAAAAUAUAUUUCUUAAAAAUAUAACUGUAGGACUUGUGCUCUUCUGUAUUGAACAAUAUUUUGUGGGUUUCUUGUUUCCUCGUCUGAAAUAAUCAGUUUUCCUCCUCUUGACCAGUCAGCAUGGGCAAGAGAGAUUGCAGCGAAAGCUUUAUUGGAGAAUUCAUUGCUCCACUGUGUAGAAUGGAAGACAAAUCCCUCAAGUGCACAUACUAACGAUCUGCUAAAUGCUUGCAGAUGAUACAGACUUUCUCUCGAUGUGUGUUGUGCUGUGCAGAAGAAGUGGAUCUCGACGAGCUGCUUUCUACACGAUUAGUUUCAUUUCUAAUGGACCAUCAACAGGAAAUUUUUAAAGUACCAACUUACCUGCAGGUUGCAGUGCAAGAUCACAUAGAACACGUGAAGAUGGCUCAGUGCAAAUAUCCAGGGGAAGACAUUUGUGCCAUAUUACCAACCUAUUCGUACUGUGAACAAAUAACCCCUCAGGAGUUUGAAGAACAAAAGGUUUCUACUUCUCAAGCUGCUGUGGCAGAGCUGUUAGAGAACAUCAUCAAAGAUAAGAACUUAUCUGUGAAAGAGAAAAGAAAAGUUAAAACAGUUCCAGAAGGAAUAUCCUCUGAUAUACCAGAACAGAUUUCCAACCACAGAAAACGAAGCAAUGCUGCUUGAGAACAAACCUACCAUCAAACAACCCAUGCUCAGCCUGAGAAAACCCAAAUUUCGCAGCCUGAGAUAUUAAUGUCAGCUGCACGUUGGGUCUGUGUGGGUCUGUGUGGGUCUGUGUGGGUCGCUGACCAAGGGUUGCUUGGAAUGGAAGUCUGCAGUGGCUGUGCACGUAGAAGGAAGAAAUGUUUACAUGAACACUAUGCCAAGAAGUGCCAAAAUAACUUUUUUUUUGGAAGUUAUUUAUAUUUAUUGUUUUCCUAGAAGUUAUUUAACUGUUUACAAAUUAAUCAAUAUAUUGUGCUAAGCAGAAUGAGUGUGAAAAUGAAGCUACUAAUUACCAAAAAUUUAUAUAUGGUUUUCAUAUGGGGGACUAAUGAUGUGCAUACUGUAAUGUUUUCAAUGUUUAUUCAGGAGUUGGUGCCAUGAAUUAUAGUUCGUGUGCACUCCUAAUUGUCUGCUUGGUGUGAAUAAGUGCCUGCCUUGUUUUGUUUAAAGACAAACGUUUUGAGAAAGCAAAGUUCAGUUUGGAACUUGUUUUUGUUAUUUCUAAGGGGGCCAGAAAUUCACCAGAAAGGAAUUAUCUGGCUCCUUAAAAUACUUGUUUCCUCUCAUCUGAAACACUUUUUAAAAUAUUUAUUUAUAUUAAAAGUGUUCUGUAUAUUUC